AUGCCUCGUCGCGCAACAAAUACCAGGUCGCAGCCGACACUGUCCUUUGGAGGGGGCCGGGUCACCAAACCAGUCACCACACCAUCUCAUAAAGCCAAGGCCCUCGAUUCAACUCCAUUGUCCGACAAUUCUACACCUGCCACCCCGGAGCCUCAGCAGCUAUCUGUCACUCCAAACGAACCAUCCAAGCCCCAUGUUGCAGAGCUAGCGGUACGACAGCAGGCUGCAGUCGAACACCAAGCUCCACCAUCGGAAGAGGACAAGCGGGCACUGAAGUUGAACAAGCAGGAUAUCUGGCGAUACUGGCAGGCGCAAGAGCAGACUCGCAUAGCACCCACGGCCCACCAGCAAGGCAUGGAUGUAGAGGAAAAAAUUCUCCGUCAUUUUGAUCUUUCCAGCCAAUAUGGGCCCUGCGUUGGGAUUGCUCGAGUCAAGCGCUGGAGACGGGCUAAUCAGCUGAAGCUCAACCCGCCGAUCGAAGUCCUUGCGGUUCUUCUCAAGGGGAAGAACACAAAGGAACGAGCAUAUAUUGAUGAAUUGCUAUCCUGA